CGGGAACUCCCGACCAAUUGCUACGUCGGAGAAGAGGACGUGUUGCUAUUUCUGCUCCUGUUGAGGGGCAGUCUUCGGUCGCUUUCCUCGCGCACUUCACCUUCAUCACUGAAAUUCAACAGUCGGUUGAACUUGGACGGCGAGAUGUCGAAAGAUAUUCCACGUGAACCGGAGCAGCUUCGCAAGCUGUUCAUCGGGGGGUUGAGCUUUGAGACCACAGAUGAAAGCUUGCGGGCCCAUUUUGAACAAUGGGGGAGUCUCACGGAUUGUGUGGUCAUGAGAGACUCCAGCAACAGGAGGUCCAGGGGCUUUGGCUUUGUCACCUACUCGUCGGUGCAGGAGGUUGACGCCGCGAUGGCCGCCCGUCCUCAUAAGGUGGACGGCAGAGUGGUCGAACCCAAGCGUGCCGUGUCCAGAGAGGAUUCCAAUCGACCGGGUGCUCAUGUUACCGUCAAGAAAAUAUUUGUUGGGGGCAUUAAGGAGGACACCGAGGAAUCGCACAUGCGCGAUUAUUUCCAGCAAUUUGGAAAGAUCGAAGUGAUUGAAAUCAUGAAUGACCGGGUCACGGGAAAGAAGAGAGGCUUUGCAUUUGUUACUUUUGACGACCACGACGCAGUUGACCGGAUUGUCAUCCAGAAAUAUCACACCAUCAACUCCCACAACUGUGAAGUUCGAAAGGCCCUCCCACGACAGGAUAUGCAGUCUUCGGGAAUGCGAGGAGGAUUUUCAGGUGGAAGGAGCAGCGGUGGCGGCGGCGGCGGCGGAGGCGGAAGACCUUAUGACUACGACAGAGGUUUUAACCAGGGCAGCCGAGGUCGAUAUGGAGACAGCCAUUACAACGGCGACGGUGCACUUCUCCUUCUUCUUUCUAUAACCUUAACGCCCCGCCCCCCACAGCUUUGGACCACUGUACUGAAAAGGCCACUUGUUCGUAGGAUACGGAGCGGUCCUGGCGGGGGAUACAACAACGGAGGCAGCCGUGGUUAUAACCAGGGCUACAACCAGGGCGGUGGCGGCUAUGGUGGAAAUAACUACGAUAGCAACGGUUACGGCAGCUGCGGGGGAGGCGGCAGCUACAACAUGGGUCACUAUGACUCCCAGUCCCAGUCUAACUUCGGCCCGAUGAAGAGCAGCUUUGGCGGUGGCGGACGGAGCUACGGCGGUGGCUACGGGGGAAGUUCAAACAGCGGCUACGGACGACGGUUUUGAAGCGAGAACGCGGGCUGAGUACUUAGGAGAGGAAGUGACAGCGAGAGGAGAGGAAGUGACAGGGCAGCUGCAGGUGUACCUCCUAAAUCUGCUCGGCCAAACAUGUGGCGGCUUACGACUGCCGCAACACACGUAUAAUAGACUUGAAAAAGAAACACGUGGAGGGUCUUCAAUUUAAGCGUUUUUUUGUGGUUUUUUUUUUUUUUUUUUUUGGUUUUGUUUUUGGGUUUUUUUUUUUUUUUGUUUUUUUUUUUUUUAAAUCAAUUUUAAAAAAAAAAAAAAAUCUGUUUCUGGAAAGCAAGCAUUCCAAUGAGGGUUUUAUGUAGAUAUUUUUGUCCUUGAUCUCUGGUUUUAUUUGUAACUGCAUCAACGUUGAGCUGAAAUAAACAAACCUUCAGUCUUUUUACA